AUGACGCACAAACUUGACUGUCCAAACCUGCCACAGAGGGAUGAUCCCAAGACAACACCCAGGCACGCCUUCCGCCCGUAUGCUAUACCUGUUAAAGUUGUGAAAGGAAAUGGCUGUCCAAAAGGCUGGACUCAAUUCAACUCUCGCUGUUUCCUCUACCAAGAUGAAGAAAGGCAGUUUGCAGAUGCAGAAAGCAUCUGCAACAUCCUUCAUGGAAACCUGGCCUCGGUCCACAGUGCUUUGGAAUAUGCAGUAGUUCUUGAAUUAGUUCGGGCAAGCUCUGACUCUGAUGGUGAUGUUUGGCUUGGACUACAUGAGGCAAUAGAGGAUGGUAACUUCAUGUGGACUGAUGGCACAGAAGUUGAUUUCACUGCCUUCAAUGGUGACGACGAUCCUGGAGAUUGUAUUGAGCUGGAAUUCAGUGAUGGUCUCUGGGACAAUGACAACUGUUAUGACACGAACAGAUUUGUUUGUGCCAGAGAUGCUGAAUGCGACUACUGACCAUCACUCCUACUGUCAUAUAAUCUUUAGAAAUGUAUUAUAGAGACUGGCAAGAUCAUUCUCCUUUAUUAAUUGCUUGAAGUAAAAAAAAAAAAAAAAAAAAAAAAAAGGACAACACAAGAUUUAAAAAAAAGUCUUUACUGGAAUAAAUAAUUUUUUGUCCUAUUUUUUCAUUUUACCUCAAAGGAGGUGUUUUUUGUGCCAGAGAUGCUGAAUGCGACUACUGAGCAUCACUCCUACUGUCAUAUAAUCUUUAGAAAUGUAU